UAAUUUUUAUUAUGAAUGCAAACGAUAUUUCAUUUUUUUUUAAUUAGUUUGAGGUUAGAAAAAUAAACAUGGUUAGAAAGAAAAUAGACAACAGAAUCCGAGUUUUAAUCGAAAAUGGGGUUAAACUUGGACAUAGGACAUUAUUCGUAAUUGUUGGGGAUAAAGGAAAAGAUCAAGUAGUUAUUUUACACCACAUGUUGGCAAAGGCAGAAGUUAAAGCCAGGCCAACGGUAUUAUGGUGUUAUAAGAAAGAACUUGGAUUUAGCAGUCAUAGAAAAAAGCGAAUGAAACAAAUUCAACAUAAAGUUCAAGCCGGAAAACUAAGUGUUAAUGAAGAUGAUCCAUUUGAAUUAUUCUUAGCUUCUACGAAAAUACGAUUCUGUUAUUAUUCGGAAACCCACAAAAUCCUCGGAAAUACAUACGGGAUGUGUGUUCUACAAGAUUUUGAAGCUCUAACUCCAAAUUUGCUAGCCAGAACUAUAGAAACUGUAGAAGGAGGCGGUUUAAUAGUUUUAUUACUAAGAUCUGUGAACUCUCUUAAACAAUUAUAUACUAUGAGCAUGGACGUACAUCAAAGAUUUAGAACAGAAGCCCACCAAGAUGUAGUUUGUAGAUUUAACGAAAGAUUUUUAUUGUCGUUAGCAUUUUGUAAACGUUCUUUGGUAGUUGAUGAUCAGCUUUCAGUUCUUCCGAUAUCGUCGCACAAUUUACAUGUCAAACCAGUAGAAAAUGUACAGGAACUUGAUGAAAACGUCACUGAACUCAAUGAUUUGAAAGAACAGUUAAGGGAUACGCAACCAGUGGGAAAUUUAGUAAAUCUUUGUAAAACUGUCGACCAGGCUAAAGCUCUACUCAAAUUUAUAGAAGCGAUUUCAGAAAAGACUCUCAGAUCUACUGUAUCACUAACUGCGUCAAGAGGAAGAGGCAAAUCUGCAGCUUUGGGAUUAGCAGUUUCUGCAGCAAUCGCUUUUGGAUACUCAAAUAUUUAUGUAACGAGUCCCAGUCCUGAGAAUUUGAAUACUUUCUUUGAGUUUGUUUUUAAAGGUUUCGACGCUUUGGAAUAUCAGGAACACAUCGACUAUGGUUUAAUGCAAAGUACUAAUCCAGAGUUCAAUAAAGCAGUUAUUAGGGUUAACGUAUUCAGAGAACAUCGACAAACUAUUCAGUAUAUACAUCCAACAGACAGUGGGAAACUAUCUCAAGCGGAAUUAUUAGUAAUAGAUGAAGCUGCAGCUAUACCUCUACCAUACGUUAAAUCCAUGCUAGGGCCUUACUUAGUUUUCUUAGCAUCAACAAUCAACGGUUACGAAGGAACCGGUAGAUCAUUAUCACUUAAACUAUUGAAUCAACUAAGGAUACAAGCAGCACCGAUAGGCGCCAACACAAACGCUGUAAAUAAGAAAGAUUCCGGUGCAGCUACAGGAAGAACAUUACACGAGGUUUCUUUGAACGAAUCGAUUCGUUAUAAACCAGGGGACGCAGUGGAAACUUGGCUGGUGAAAUUGUUAUGUCUAGAUUCCACGUCGGUUACACCGAUUUCAUCAGGUUGCCCCCCGCCGGAUAACUGUGAUUUGUAUUACAUAAAUCGUGAUACUCUGUUUUGUUACCACAAAGCUUCGGAAGAAUUUUUGCAAAGGAUAGUAGCCUUAUAUGUAGCGUCGCAUUAUAAAAAUACACCGAACGAUCUUCAAAUGAUGUCCGACGCACCUGCCCACCAUCUAUUUUGUCUAUUAGGCCCCAUAGAUCCAAAUAGAAGAACCCUACCGGAAGUGUUAGUGAUAAUUCAAGUUUGCUUGGAAGGUGAAAUUUCUAAAAAUAGUGUAUUGGAAGGGUUUUCUAGGGGUAAGAGAGCAUCCGGAGACUUGAUUCCAUGGACAAUAGGGCAGCAGUAUCAGGAUGCUGAUUUUCCUAAAUUGGCAGGUGCUAGGAUAGUGAGAAUAGCCACACAUCCGGAUUAUCAAGGGAUGGGAUACGGUGCAAGAGCUUUGGAUAUCCUUAAGAAAUAUUACGAAUUCAAAAUACCGAAUUUAGAGGAAGAAUCUGAGCUGCCGAAACAAGAAAUUGAUAAUGUAGUUGAUUCGGAAGUGGGUUUAUUAGAAGAAACUAUCGAACCGAGGAAAUCUUUACCACCUUUACUUUUUAAAUUGAAUGAAAGACCUCCGGAGAGAUUGGAUUAUAUCGGGGUAUCUUUUGGACUGACAGAACAGUUGUUGAAAUUUUGGAAGAAAGCUGGUUAUGUCCCUGUGUAUCUUCGACAAACUACGAACGAUUUAACUGGUGAACAUUCUUGUAUUAUGUUAAAUGUUUUGAAUACCGAGGAGAUACAAGAAGUGGAUUGGUUAGCUGCAUAUUGGACGGAUUUCCGUAGGAGAUUCGUUAAUUUGUUGGCUUAUCAGUUUAGUAAAUUUUCACCUAGUUUAGCUUUGGGGGUGCUGUCGAAUAAAAACAUCAAAUUGAAAACUAAAGAUUUAACUAAAAUGGAAUUGGAUAUUCACUUUAUGAAGUACGAUUUGAAAAGAUUGGAAAUGUACAGUAACAAUUUGGUCGAUUAUCAUCUUAUAAUGGAUUUAAUGCCUGCUUUAGCCAAACUGUAUUUUUUGAAUAAUUUGGGGGAUGUGCAAAUGUCAGCAGUUCAAUCGGCGAUUCUUCUAGGCCUCGGUUUACAACACAAAACAGUAGAUGAUUUAUCAAAAGAACUAGACUUACCUUCCAGUCAACUUUUGGGUCUUUUUAAUCGUUUAAUAAGACGUUGUAGUCAGUAUCUUACCGGCGCCGUCGAGGAAGAUAUAGAAAAACGAUUCUUACCCAUAAAGAACACCGGAGAAGUUAACAUGACACCGGUAGCUCAAAGUGUACAAGACGAACUCGAAGAAGCCGCUAAAGAAUUGAAGAAGAAACAAAAAAAGGAAUUGGAAAAGUUGAAGAACGAGAAUUUGGAGCAGUUCGCUAUCAAAGGUGGGGAAGAUGAAUGGGCGAAAAGUUUGACGGGCAAAGGAAAGAAAUCCAUCGUAACAAUCAAAAGUUCGUCAAUUUAAAUAGUUUUGACAUAUUUUAUUUAAUUCCAGCGGGGAGAAACGUGUACACGAAACUAAUAACGUAGAAGAAGAAUUAAACUUGAGUGUUAAAGUUAAGAAGAAGAAGACUAAAAAUAAAAAUAAAACAUUGUAAAUAAACAAUAUUUUCACUGAUUUAA